UUGACUCGUUGAUGCCGAAAUUGGCACCAACAAGACGCACGACAUAUUAGCAAGGAUGGAGGCCACUACAGAGGAACAGUUUGUAUUCUCAGAAUUCGAUCAAGUUUUCGUUUCAUUGAUUUGUAGUUUCCCUCCCUAAAGUAAUUAUGUGAAACUCAAUGUUACGAUGUAGCCAGCUUUUGUUUUUAGUUUCUACUUGUACGUACAUAUUCAAUAUACAUGCUUUUGUAUUAUCUCCUUGGCCAUUUGGGUUGUGCGGGCGGGCGAUGGAAACCUCAAAGUUACACAGUUUACUUUGUUAAUAUCAAAUUGACUAUCUGCAAUUCUUACAAUAAUUCUUUAUCAAGAAAUGGCUGUAGUAUAUAUAGGAAUGCACAUCAUGCAUGUCAAGGGCUGCAGUUGCUGAGUGCUUUUGACUUGUAUCAGAUACCAUGGCAACCAUGAGGUUGCUGCUCUUUUUUGCUCUAUAUUCUGCAGGCAUUCAUGUGAUCUCCUCGCUUACGGACCCCAAUGACGCUUCUGUUCUCCAUGCCUUGAAAGUGUCCUGGAAAAACACGCCACCGAGCUGGGAUAAUUCUUCUGAUCCCUGUGGUUUUCCAUGGGAAGGAGUCAGCUGCAGCGGUGCAAGGGUGACUGAAUUGGGAUUAUCAACCAUGGGCCUCAUAGGGGAACUCAGUAGCUACAUUGAGGGACUCACUGAACUAAACUCCUUGGACCUGUCAUUCAACCCUGGACUCCAAGGUCCUCUUCCUCCACAGUUAGGGGAUCUCCCAAAGUUAAAUAUCCUGAUCCUAGCUGGCUGCAGCUUCAGUGGCAACAUUCCAGAUGAGUUGGGAAAUCUUGAACAGCUAGCGUUCUUGGCUCUGAAUACAAAUUACUUCACUGGUAGCAUACCUCCUUCUUUAGGUAAGCUCUCCAACCUCUACUGGCUUGAUGUGGCAGACAAUCAACUGAGCGGACCUCUACCAAUUUCGACAUCCACUUCUCCAGGCUUAGACCUCUUGUUAAACGCUAAACAUUUCCAUUUGAACAAGAACCAGCUUUCAGGUUCUAUUCCACUUGAGCUUUUCAGCUCGGAGAUGAUAUUGAUACAUGCGUUACUUGACGAAAACAAUUUUACUGGGAGUAUUCCAAUGACAUUAGGACUUGUUAAAACUCUUGAGAUGGUUCGGCUUAAUAGAAAUGCUCUGACCGGAAGUGUCCCCUCAAACCUUAACAACCUUACUAAUAUCAAUGAACUAAAUUUGGCCAACAACAAAUUGGCAGGCCCCUUGCCUGACUUGACUGGAAUGAAUUCUCUCAAUUAUGUAGACCUAAGUAACAACUCAUUUGACCCAUCUGAAGCUCCACUUUGGUUCUCAACCUUACCCACACUCACCACUCUGGUUAUGGAAUUUGGAUCACUUCAAGGGCCUGUGCCAGAGAAGCUUUUCAGCCUUCCAGAAUUACAGCAAGUGAAACUGAAAUACAAUACGUUUAAUGGUACAUUAAACAUGGGCGAUAGCAUCAGUCUACAACUGGAGCUUGUGGAUCUCCAGAACAAUCAGAUUUCCCAGCUCACUAUAGAAGAAGAAUACAAAGAUGCAUUGAUACUUAAAGGGAACCCGAUAUGCUCCGGUAGUCUAUCAAACACUACUUGGUGUCAGUAAAAAUGAAAAUGAGAGCAGGUGCAAGAUUUGGAAUAAAGAGGGUGCUGCAACAUCUUCUAUAGGAUUUUCUAAACCUCCUCAUGAGCUGUGCAACUACAUUGAAAUUAUAAGCCAAUCUUGUAAAUGGGGAAUUAUUUAAUUCUUUCUCUUCAAAUAAAGCCUUCUAUUCUAUGGAUUCAAAAAUUUGUCUCAUCUAACUUGAAUGAAAUUUUAGAAAGAUUCUGGAAACCU